UUGGUUGUGCAGCUUUCCGGAAGUUUCCCAAAAGACUACCCGGAUGUUUUGGUUUUUUCCGAUUACCAGACGAAACAGUUUUAAUUCCACGUGUUUUCUGGUGGUUUAUGUUGUAACAGAGGCCAGUCUCUAUAAAAGUACUCAAUAUUUAGGUUUUCUUUUUCUUUGCGAGUUUAUUUUGAAGCUAUAUACCAGUAAUAGGGUAAUAUGCAUUUAAUGUCGCAGUUAAGGUGUUAAGUCGUUUUAACGCCGAGCGUGGAAUAAUGCCUUCAAACUUGCAUAUUGUAAUCACGAAUAUUUUACCUAUUCUUUUCCCAAAAAGGCAAACUGCUGUUUAAAUUUACUUGAUACCAAUGUUUUUAACGAGUUUCACACACCUUUUUUGUGUGUGAAACUCUCUUCAAGGCAAAAUUGUUUAUGUCCGGUUGAUAAACAAGCAAGAAAAUGAACAGUAAUUCCAAAAAGAGGAGGCGGCGGAGGGUGUCCUCGUCUUCUAGUGAGGAAGGCAAAAGGGGAUCAAGGAAAAAAGAAGACACCAAAAGUACUAAAAGACACAAGGAUUACAAAGGUCACGAGAGUAGUACCAAGGAACAAAAGAAAUCUGUCAAGGAGGACUCGCAAACCAGCCGCCACGUCAAAAAACCUGUCUAUAAACAUUCGAAAACACAUGGAGAAGAAGAACAUAAAGCCGUCAAGAAGGACAAACAACAUACAAUCACUAAAAAUGCUGCUGUGCCUCUUCCUGGGGAAGUUUAUUCUACUAAAGAAAAAGCAAAUUCUUCGGGAAAACACAGUGUGAAUAACACCUCAAAAGCUGAAUCAUCGAAACCCUCGAACACUAAAGACGCCCACAAAACAGAAGUCUCAAAACCCAAAGAUGAAGAUAAACAUGGAACAAGCGAGAAAACAGCAAAAGUAUUAGCGGAUAAAUGUUCCUCUUUGAGAAGUCCUUCCACAGUCAAGAAACGGAGAAUGAGUCCAUCUGUAGACUUGACUGAGCAGGGGAAUCAGACACAACAUGUAGAGAAGAAGAAAGCUCAAGUUGUUGAACCAUCAAGGACUGAGGCGGACAGCAGCAAAACUAAAGACCAAGAUCCAUCCUCCACUUACUGUGAGAAUUCUGCAGAUCAAAAAACGAAGCUGCCUGAAAACACUAGUAAAAGCCAUCCAGAGAAUAAAUUAACAACCGAUACAGGCUUAUCUACCGCGCCACAACAAACCUCUCAGACUCUAACUCAAAACUCCUUCAAAUCAGUCAACCUUACUACCUCAGAAAAUAAUUCAGAGGUGUUGAGCAGUCUCCCCGGACCCCCUGUGAGUGAUGCACCCGUGUCACCUCCGAAACCGCAGUUAUCAUCGGUUGAGAAACUCAAGCUUUCUCAAAAGUUUGUCCCUUUUAAAUUUAAGAUUCCCAAAAAAGUUCGUCCAAAUCUCCAGCGGAGCAAAGAUGAUGGUAGAAAUGCAGUUUUUGGAGAGGAAACUGAAGAAAGUAAGAGUAAAGCUUCACACUCUAAGAUUAAAUUAGCAAAAAUUAAGCCGGUUGAGAUCCUGCAAGAGCACAGCUAUUUGGAUGACCCUCCUAAUUCUCAGCUUGAGGAAGAAAAGAAGACAUCCUCUCCCCCUGAUAAACUCCCACCUGAAAAUGAGGAGGACAACACUAAGCAUCUGUACGAUCAGAUGCAAGUUGUUGAAGAGCUUCACCUCGCCCGCUCUGAGAAGAGGUUGGAGGUAAACGUCAUAGAGAGCUAUGGGGAACUGACCUCCAUGGACAUAGAUGUGCCAGAAGAGGCAUCGUCGAACAUCCUACGUCAGGAGCCUCAUCGACAAGUCUUCAUCCUUGUUUUGGACACCAACAUCCUCCUCAGUCAUUUAGACUAUGUAAUAAGGAUUACAUCUCAUGGCCUCGGAGCUCUGGGCUUUCCUGUUGUCCUCAUCCCCUGGGUGGUACUACAGGAGCUGGAUUCCUUAAAGAGGGGGCGGGGCCUGUCCGGCUCUGUGGCUCACCUUGCAAUCCCUGCCAUCUCUUACAUAUACAACACCCUGAAGAAACGACACCCUCGCCUGUGGGGGCAGUCUAUGCAGCAGGCUGCUCAGAGCUGUAAUGGUCUGAAUGCGGAGAAUAAUGAUGACAGGGUGCUGCAAUGCUGCUUGCAAUACCAGAAUCUCUACCCAGAGUGUGCUCUGAUCCUUUGCACCAAUGACAAAAAUCUAUCCAGUAAAGCCUUACUGAGUGGGAUAAGAGCCCUCUCCAAGAAGGAUUUAGAGGCAGAAGUGGAAAAAUCCAAACACCCAGUUAUGCCCCACAACAGGGAACGGGCCCCAUCGCCAAUGUCACAUACGUGUAGCACACCGGCCCCGCCAAAGCAUCAACAGCAAACUGUACUUUCUCAAGGCUUCCUUGAGGAAGAUGAAACACAGAAAGAGAGUGAUACAGGAGGUGAGGAUGAGGAGGAGAAACAGAGGCUAAGCGAGUGUCUGUCUGACCUAGAGAAAUGUCUGCGGGACGUUCUCUCUGCUGUGGUAGAAAAGGAGAUGAAGGUCGCUUUUGAUGACAUCUGGCAUGAGGUAGUUUGCAUAAAACCCCCCUGGACACUUAAUGGUGUUUUGCAGUGUUUGAAAAAGCACUGGAUUGCCGUCUUUGGACUAAUAGUGCCAAGAAAUCUGUCCCACACGGUUACAGACCUCAUCAACUUCUUCAAUUCAGGUAAAACUCCAGACUGUCACAAAACCUCUGCGGCGCUACAGCAAGCUAAAGAGUUUGUCGAAGCAUUUUCGAAACGUUCGCAUCAUGUUUCCCAGGCCAUCUCGGAGAUGGAGAGGAUCUCCAACAAGCUGCAGCCCCAGCCUUUGUGUGUGGUGGACGACAGCUUGUCUGGAGAUGUUGUCAUGAAUGAAGAUGAGGUGGAAGACAAACAGCCCACAUCUGUUCAAGUCUCCCACCAGGAAGUGUGGGGCAUUUUUGAGAACAUCUGGUCCCAUAUUUAUCAGACCAGCUUGGAGGUGUUCAAAGCACUACGCUUUGACCCUCACACCAUGCAAAUUGUUCCUUUGGAGGGAGGCCUGACAUUUCCACAGGACGCUUUGGCCUGUUUGCACAGACUGGCCUCUGUGGUCCUGCAGCUGCUCCAAGCCUUCAGCAGCAUUUUGUCCUCGGCUCCAGGUUUGGAGGAAGUUCAGACUCUGCUCAGCGUCAUCUAUUCCAAUCAGAUUAUUCAUGAGGAUUCCAGGUUAACGGCCACAGCCCUCGUUGGCUGUUUCUCACAACCAGACUACAGGGAGAAGCUCAGAGUCGGAGGGGGCCAGUUAAUGGAGCUGAAAAAGGCCUUGGACUGUUGUGUUCAGGCUUCAGACCAGCACAUCGCCUUCACCACACAGCCUAAAUAAAAGCUGUUUGCACAUCAGCUAGACUGAAAAGUCUUAUUCUGGUUUUUGGACCUAAAAGUGUAAAAAUGAAGGUAGGUCUUGUCUGGACCUGGAUAUUUGCGGUUAGAGUUUUUGUCCUCUUGAGCGCGUUUAUUAUUUUGAAUGUUCCGUCAUUGCUGAUAAAAUCUUUUGUCUUCUGGUAUACAACAUUUAUCAUUUUCAUUUUUCUUUUCCUCUAACAGUUCUGUUAUAGACAAAGGGCUUUCUCUCACACACAUCAACAUAAUUGUUCUUGUAAUGUUUUAUUUCCAUUAAACGUUCACCGUGAUUAUUUUGCA